AUGGACGCGUCGUGCAUGGUCCCACACUGCGCCUCGUCGCGCUUCGUGAUGGGGCAUUACCACAAGUGCAAGGAGCCCAAGUGCCAUCUGUGUGGCCCCGUGAGGGCGAUCAUCUCUAGGGAGAGAGACGAGCAGCGUCUCUUGGGACGAACUGAGUCGUCGGACGAUGAGGACAGUAGCGACGACAACGAUGGCAGCGGCGGCGGGGGUGGUGACGAUGGACGUGGUGGCGGAAAAGACGAUGAUGAUGAUGAUGAUGACGAUUUAUAGGUUGGUGCAUUUUUUCGCCCUCCUUGGGUGCACGAGGUUGCUGUUGCUGUUGCUGUUGCCGUUGCUGCUCUUUGUGUUGCCUGUUUCAAUGUUCAUGUGUGCUGUGCAUGUCGAGGGUGCGCCGACCCAGUUGUGUUCGUCGGCGACAGUUUGCGGUGGUGUUGAAGAAGAAAAGCGUUCCGCUGUGGUGCAUGAUAGGUGUUGCCGAUUUCCAGCUAACUACGUUGCUUGGUUGCGACCGGAUUAUUGCUGCUAAGGCGUGGAUGGUAACGGCUUUACCUGUGUAGAAGUGUGUGAACGUUUAUUUGUCCGAUGAGGCUCAAGGAUUGACUAAUUUGCGGAGCUCUCUCUGUGUUUGUUCAGACCUCGUUGACUACUUUCGUGGUCCGACCCCUCAGCUGUGUUGAAAGGCUCAAGAAAACACGGGGUUUGUUCUGCCGGGCACCAUUUUUCCAAACUCCAUUUUUGAUUUUUUGCGUACAACGAUCGUAACAUCCGCGACGCUCUAGAAAAUGUUUUUUUUUUGCGAUCGUUUCUUGUUGCGGUCGGGGUUUGUGAUUCUCUCUCUCUCUCUCUCUCUCUCUCUCUCUCUCUCUCUCUGCUUUUGUUUUCGGGACCAUCCGGCUAUUCUCCUGUUUUUCGGUCUUUCGUGAACAAUUUACGACCCGUCUUCCCUCCUCCUUUUUGUUUUCUUGCCGAAAUCAACGCAACCGGAAAUUUUUUUGUAGCCAGUCAGGCAUGUCCUGCUCUCCAGCGAGUCUGACGUUUUUUGUUUUUUUGUCGCGUGCUCGUGGUGGAGGGUAAACGAGAUACUUGUUAUCUCCCUGCCUUAGGUCUAGUUUGUGUGUCCGCAAGUCCUGUGCUGAAAGAGGCCCAAUCGGGGUGAAGGGUUAGCAAUAGACGAAAUAGAUGCUUGCUCUUCUCCUCUUGCUAAUCAGAAAAACGUUGGCUUUAUUUCUUUGUGUACAUAAUGUUUUUCGGAUGUUGACAUCAGUUGGUAAAUGGUCUGCCUAGAUACCGCCUGCGUCGGCGAUUUUUUUGCACGUAGGGUGCGGUUCCCACGCAAGAUUCUGCCGCUGUUGCUGGACGGGAAUGCGAAAACGCGUUGGUUCCAAAUUUGUUUUGUGUUUGUUGUUGCUGUAUCCUUCAGCCCCCAGCGCUUUUUACACGACUGGUAUGUCUGUCUUCUCUCUUUUUGGUUGGAGGUGGAAUAUUUAUGUUGCGAUUUUUGUCCAG